UUACAGGCUGAAAAGUCGCGAAAGGUGCACCAUCUAUUUCAAACGCUUCUGACUGAACUAAAUAAACCCACUGAUGAAUAUGAGCUAAAUAUUGCCAACAAGCUCUAUGGAGAAAAGAAAUAUCCGUUUCUUCAGGAAUACACAAAUAAUGUUAAGAAGUUUUACCUAGCCAGUGUGGAAACUGCCGAUUUUGAAAAUGCUGCAGAAGAAAGCCGAAUGAUGAUUAAUUCCUGGGUGGAAAGCCAAACGAAUGAAAAAAUCAAGGAUCUCUUUCCNAUUUUGAACACAGGAGCUCCUGAUCGCCCCAAAGUCACCAUGAGUUCACUCAGUGAAGCAAACACCCGCUUUGCAUAUGACCUGUUCCAACAGUUCAGACAAUCAGAGAAGGAAAAUAUCUUCUAUUCCCCGUUCAGUAUCACGUCAGCCUUAGCCAUGACUUACUUAGGGUCCGGAGGACACACAGCAUCCGAAAUACAGAAGCUUGAAGAUAAUCUCACCGCUGAGAAAUUAAUAGAGUGGACGAGCUCACAGAAUAUGAGAAACACACAUGUGGAUUUGCACUUACCUCGGUUCAAAGUGGAAGCGAGCUAUGACCUCGUGGCCACAAUGGAAGCCCUGGGGAUGAGGGACGCCUUCAGUCCACAGGACGCCGACUUCUCAGGCAUGACAGGAAGACGGGAUCUCGUGCUGUCUAAAAUAGUACACAAGUCCUUUGUGGAGGUGACAGAGGAGGGCACCGAGGCCGCAGCCGCUACUGGUGAAGAAGUAAUUGCAUAUUCAGGACCAACUUAUGGAAACUUCCGUUGUGAUCAUCCUUUCCUGUUCUUCAUCAAGCACAAUAAGACCAACAGCAUCCUGUUUCUUGGCAGAGUCUCUUCCCCUUAGAUGUCAUUAGCUGCCACCACUUCAGGGCGACGUUCACUGAGUUAUUCCAGUACAUUGACUGCUGGAAAUAACACGUUCUUUUUCAUGCAUUUUCCUUUCCAAUCUCAUAGUCUUCCCCCAAAAUGUAAUGACUGAAAGAGCAUGUCUGUCUAUCUCUCUCUUUCUAUACUCUCAUGUGAAUGUACUCUCUCUUCUCCUAAAUUUAAAAUACCAUAUUCACUAUUUCAAAAAUCAUAUCUAGUAUGCAAACUUAUUAACCUAGAUGCCUACAUUUAUUUGAAUUUUGGUGAUAUCUCAGACUUCUGAUAUGUCUAAAUGUUUGGAUUUUAUGAAAGACACUAUCAAUAAAACACUGACUUAUUCAUA